AUGAAUCAACUGUACAUACUGUUCGAAUGCUCAGCAGGAUACUUCCUGCUUAGAGUAAAGGAAUGGGAACAAAUUGGAAAUAACGAGAACCUUGAGAAGAAGAUUCAAAAGUCUGAUUUAUUUCAUGAAAUAGUAGAAUUUUGUUCAUUCAUAUCAUUCGAAACAGCUGAAAGAGCGUUGGAAAAUUUACUACAUAUCAAUGAAGGGAAAGCAACGGAUUUUUUACUAACAUUUUUAGAACAAAAUUUACCAAAUAAUAGAAAGGAAUAUGAAUUAGGUGUGGCAGAUUUAAACUUGGGGAAAUUUUUAUCAAACAUUGGUUUUAAUGUUGUGCAUAAUAAUAAUAUUUUAGAAUUAUUUCGAGCUUGUAGAGAAUUUUAUUUGAAAAAAAUAUCAACAUAUGUAGAGAAUAAUGCAGAUAUUGAUAUAAAACAUUUUAAUAUAGGACUAGGUCAUAGCUAUUCCCGAUCUAAACUUAAGUUGGAUCCCAGAAAGCAAGAUAAAUCUAUUAUUAACAGUAUCGGUACUAUAGAAUCUUUGGAUAAGAAUAUUAAUUUGUUCAGUAUGAGAGUUAUUGAAUGGUAUAGUUGGCAUUUUCCAGAAUUAAAAAAGAUUGUAACAGAUGUGUGCAUGUAUUGCAAAUUAGUUAAUUUAAUAAAAAUAAAAGAAAAUUUUGAUUUUUCAGAUGAAGGAGAAAAAGAAAAAAUAAAUGAAAUUACACAAGAUGAAAAAUUAACAGAACAAAUUGAAAAAGUAGCAAAUUUAUCCAUUGGCCAAGAAUUAACAGAAGAAGACUUAAAUAAUAUAAUUAAUUUUUCAAAUGAAGUUAUUAAUUUAUCAAAUACUAGAAAUAUUUUAUGGAAUUAUUUAGAUAAAAAAUUAAAUAUCGUUUCUCCAAAUUUGAAGGAAUUGUUGGGAAAUACUUUAAGUGCCCGUUUAAUUAGUCACGCUGGAUCUCUUGUAAAUUUAGCAAAAUGCCCAUCUAGUAGUAUACAAAUUUUUGGAUCAGAAAAAGCACUAUUUAAUUCUCUAAAAGGAAAUAAAAGAACACCCAAAUUUGGUAUUCUUUACAAUUCUUCCUACAUUUCAAAAACACCAUUACCACUCAAGGGAAGAAUGUCCAGAUAUUUGUCUUGCAAAAGCGCAAUGGCAGCUAGAAUAGAUUCAUUUUCAGACCAUCCCACCAACACCUACGGGGUUAUAUUCAAAAAGCAAUUGGAACAUAAAAUUAUGCACAUGGUCAAGGGGGUCAAACUUUCCAAAAAUAUCGACUACAUGAACGAGGCGGAGCAAAUAUACAAAAGAGAAAUAGGCGAGACACCGGGCGUUGGGGAUGACAAAAAUGAAAACAAGAAAAAGAAAAAGAAGAAAAAAAAAAAGAACAAGAAGAAGGGAGGUGAUCAGAAUGGAGAAAACGAGGCGGUUCAGAGUGGAGAAAACGAGGCGGUUCAGAGUGGAGAAAAUGAAGCGGUUCAGAGUGGAGAAAAUGAAGCGGUUCAGAGUGGAGAAAAUGAAGCGGUUCAGAGUGGAGAAAAUGAAGCGGUUCAGAGUGGAGAAAAUGAAGCGGUUCAGAGUGGAGAAAAUGAAGCGGUUCAGAGUGGAGAAAAUGAAGCGGUUCAGAGUGGAGAAAAUGAAGCGAUUUAG